AUCAGAAACCAAAAACAAAACAAUAUACAUACAUCUAUUGCGCACACACACAUAUGUAUAUAUAUACAUAGAAACUUUGGGCAACACACCAGGAGAUCGAGAGAAAAUGAAGGUGGUCCAAUGGAUUCCUGUUCUAAUGCUUGUUGCUUGUUUGUUUCCAUGGUCUGUUGAAUCCAUGGUUCGACAUUACAAAUUCAAUGUGGUAAUGAAGAAUACAACAAGACUGUGCUCGACAAAGCCCAUUGUCACAGUCAAUGGUCAGUUCCCUGGUCCAACUCUGAUUGCCAGAGAGGACGACACUGUUCUGGUCAAAGUGGUCAACCAUGUUAAAUACAAUCUUAGCAUUCACUGGCACGGGAUCAGGCAACUUAGAACUGGUUGGGCAGAUGGGCCUGCAUAUAUCACACAGUGUCCAAUCCAGCCAGGGCAAAGCUAUGUGUACAAUUUUACAGUCACAGGCCAACGAGGAACUCUUUGGUGGCACGCCCACAUCCUCUGGCUCAGAGCCACUGUGCAUGGCGCCAUUGUCAUCUUGCCCAAGCUCGGUGUCCCCUACCCAUUCCCUAAACCCCACAAGGAAGUCGUUCUUGUCUUAGGUGAAUGGUGGAAGUCAGACGUUGAAGCAGUCAUCAAUGAAGCUCUGAAGUCUGGCUUGGCCCCUAACGUCUCCGACGCUCACACCAUCAAUGGCUAUCCAGGGCCGGUCCCACGCUGCUCAUCACAGAGAGGCUAUACACUAACAGUAGAAUCCGGCAAGACCUACAUGCUUCGAAUCAUCAACGCUGCACUCAAUGAGGAGCUCUUCUUCAAGAUCGCCGGUCACAAACUCACUGUUGUUGAAGUUGAUGCUGCUUAUACCAAGCCCUUCAAGACAAAUACCAUUGUCAUUGCCCCCGGCCAGUCCACCAACGCUUUGUUAACAGCUGACAUUGCUAAUGGUGGCAAGUACAUGUUGGCCGUCUCGCCAUUCAUGGAUGCACCUAUCGCUGUUGACAAUGUCACCGGCACCGCUACUGUACACUACUCCAGCAGUAACCUUAGCUCAACUCCGACGAUCCUUGCAUCAGCUCCUGCAACAAACGCCACACCUGUUGCAGACAACUUCACUGAUUCCUUGAGAAGCUUGAAUUCAAAGAAGUACCCAGCAAAAGUUCCAUUCAAGAUUGACCAUUCCCUGCUUUUCACCAUCAGCCUCGGCAUUAACCCUUGCUCUACCUGCAUCAAUGGCAGCCGUGUGGCUGCAGACAUCAACAACGUCUCCUUCGUCAUGCCCAAGGUUUCUCUGCUCCAGGCUCAUUUCUUCAACAUUAGCGGAGUCUUCACAGAUGAUUUUCCCGGAAAGCCUCUGAACCAGUACAAUUACACAGGGAUUCAACCUGCGAACUUGCAGACCAUGAGAGGCACCAAGCUAUACAGACUCACUUAUAACUCCACCGUAGAGCUGGUGCUGCAAGAUACAGGGAUGAUAACACCAGAAAACCACCCAAUACAUUUACAUGGAUUCAAUUUCUUUGUUGUUGGAAGAGGUUUGGGGAAUUUCAAUCCUCAGAAAGAUCCCAAGAAAUUCAAUCUUGUUGAUCCAGUGGAGAGGAACACCGUUGGAGUACCCUCUGGUGGAUGGGCUGCUAUCAGAUUCAGGGCAGACAAUCCAGGAGUGUGGUUUAUGCAUUGCCAUCUGGAAAUUCACACAACAUGGGGACUUAAAAUGGCAUUUGUGGUGGAUAACGGCAAAGGCCCUAAUGAAUCUCUUCUUCCUCCUCCCAGUGACCUCCCCAAGUGUUGAAGAGAUUACAAUUUUGGAAGAAGAGUUCUUUUUUAGCAGAGCUAUUAAAGAAGAAGCUGCUCGGAGUUGAAAUAAAUAUCUUACAAGUGCAUAUAUAAACUGGGAU